CACAUAUGUUUCCUUUCAUGGUACAGUUCUGCUGUCAUCACUGUAUAAGGCCAUUGGCCUGAAGUUUCCUUUAGGAAAAAGCACCUUGUUCUUUCUUUCUGUCUUAGCGUAAAAUGCCAAACCUUGUACCUUGUGAGACACGCACGUACCACACCAACCAACCUUUCCCCUUAUGAAAGGAGGUUUCAUGCCUUGUCACAGCUUUGUUUCAUAGACUCACACUUCUCAUCAGCCAUCUUUAUGAACAAACUUCAUCUGCAUUGCAUAAGAUCUCUAUAAAGGAUACUCAUUUAGUCUUAUAAGUAUAGGGACUCUGAAAAUAAAGUCACUACUCUGAAAAUAAAGUCACUACCCCAUUCCUCAUUUUCUUCUGUUAAUUAUUUACUUGGUGGGAAUUUACCUUUGGUGGUUAAAGUAACAAGCCAAACACCAACCUAGUAGGUUUCUCUCUUGUGUUAUUUGAUUUGAUUUGACUAAGAGGCACUAUGCUUGAGGGGCAUGUUUUUUUGGGGUUUGGCUUCUUUUUGAUUGGUUUAUGGCACCUCUUCAACCACAUCAAGCUCCAUGCUCUUUACUCCAAUUCCUACACGUCAACCCUUUGGUUUCCCUUCAGAAUAAGCAGACACCUCGAGCUCUAUUUCAUCAUGGCAAGCUGCUCACUCUUCAUAGCCAUGGAGCUCUUCAUAUCUCCCCUUCACCACCAUCCAUUGGACCCUGAUGGAACCAUCCCCUCUGACCACCUCCACAACUUUGAACACUCCUCAAUGGCCCUGGGUUUCUUGGUCUAUGCCACCUUUGCCAUGGUUCUUGACAGAAAAUGCAUCAAAGCUCAACAUGAGCUAACCCAAUUGCUUGGAGCCUUGGCUUUUGUGCAAGAGUUUCUUCUCAUCCACCUUCAUUCUAGAGAUCACACAGGAGUAGAAGGCCAAUACCACUUGUUGCUGCAGCUUCUGAUUCUUGUUUCUUUAGUCACAACUCUAAUGGGAAUUGGGUUGCCAAAGAGCUUCAUGGUUGGCUUUGUGAGAUCUGUUUGCAUAGUCUUCCAAGGUGUGUGGCUCAUGGUCAUAGGGUUAAUGCUCACCACACCUGGAUUUGUAGCCAAAGGGUGCUCCAUUCACUUUAAGGAGGAUCCAUAUCUGGUAAAAUGCAGUGAUGAUAAGGCCCUUCAUAGAGCUGUCUCAUUGGUGAACCUUCAAUUCAGCUGGUUGUUGAUAGGAGUCACUAUCUUUGCUAUGUCUUUCUACUUAAUUGGAGUCACUACAGGUAGAGGCUAUGGUGAAAAGGUGGAGUAUUUUUCACUGAGGAAAGAGGGACAUUGCAGUGAAGAAGAUAGCUUAAAGAAUGACCUUGAAUCUCAAUCCCAAAAGACAAGCAUGCAAGAGCAAAUUUAAAGCACUUUGUGAAUUAUAUGCUCCAUUAGUGGACCAAAAAAAUUGCUACAAUGUAUUAAUUAAAUUCAACUUGCAGAAAAGAGAAUUGUAUCUAAA